AUGUGCCCGAAGACCAAGUUAGAGCAAGAAGAUAUGGCUAAUGUUCCCUACUCUAAUGCAGUAGGGUCCAUAAUGUACUUGAUGGUUAGUACUAGACCUGACCUUGCUUAUGCAAUCAGUGUGCUGAGCAAGUUCAUGUCUAGUCUUGGAAAGGAGCAUUGGAAAGCCAUGAAAUGGCUUAUGAGAUACUUAAAAGGUACAUCUAAGUUGGGGUUGGUCUAUCAGGGUCACCAAACACAUCAGAACAUUGAAGGGUUCACAGAUGCAGAUUAUGCGGGGGACAGGGACACUAGAAGAUCUACUUCGACCUACUUUUUCUUAACAGGGGGAAAUUGUACUAGUUGGAAAGUACAAUUACAGCCAGUAGUGGCUUUGUCCACUACUCAAUCAGAAUAUAUAGCUACUACUGAAACUAUCAAAGAGGCCUUAUGUUUUUCAUGA